AUGCACUACGGGCUGUACCUCGUCACCGGCCGGGCGCUCCUGCCGGCGGGCAAGGACUAUCUCGAGAGUCUCGACGAGACGCUCCGAGAUGGGCACGUAUCGGUUGUGCAGAUUCGCGAAAAACACACGCCCUACGACGAGUUUCUCGAGAUCGCUCAGCAGUCGCUGGCCGUGUGCGACAAGUACAAUGUCACAAUGAUCAUCAACGACAGCAUCGAAGUCGCCGAAAAGCUCCCGGAACGUGUCGGGCUGCACCUCGGCCAGGAUGACGAGAAAAUGGCGCUCGCGCGCGAACGCCUCGGGCCACGCCGCAUCCUCGGGCUGUCGGUACACACGCCGGCGCAGGCGCGCGCAGCGCUCGACAGCGAGGCGGACUAUGUGGGCGUCGGUCCGGUCUGGCCGACAGAGUCCAAGGCGGGCAUUGACAAGGAGGACGUCCUGAUGCUGCACGGCGCACGCGACGUCGUCGCCGCCCUCGUUCGUAGCCCAGAGGACGCGCCCAAGGGGGGGCGCAUGCGCCUGCCUUGCGUCCUGAUCGGCGGCCUCAACAUGCGCACGGCGACGCGCACGCUCGUCGGCGCCUCGUCGCCGGUGAACGCGCCGGACGGCAUGGCAGUCAUCUCGGCGAUCGUCGCGCGCCGCGAUCCGGGCCGUGCGGCGGCGGAGCUCUUUGCGGCCCUCGAGGCGUUUCGUGCGGUUCAGGCAUGCCGCGCGUCGCACGCCGCGACCGCGCCGCUGCAGUCGGCACCGCUUGCUGCGCCCUUUGACUCGGCGCACGCUCUGCUCGACGCCACCGCGGCACUCUUCACCGCGCACCACACGGUAUACGACGGCGAGACCCACACCGAGGACGACUCCAAGGUUACUGUUCCCCGCCCGCUCGUGCAGACGAUCACGUCGCAUGUCUCGUCGUACUUUAGUGCGAACGUCGCGCUUGCGUUCUCUGCAAGCCCGAUCAUGAGCCACGAGGCGGAGGAGGCCGAGGCGCUGAGCGCCGCGACGCGUGCGCUCGUGCUCAACAUCGGCACGAUCAACGCCGAGGCGCGCAAGGGUAUGGCUGUUGCCGGCCCGGCGGCAAACGAGCACGGGACGCCGGUCGUUCUCGACCCGGUCGGCGUCGGCGCGACGCCGUUCCGUUUCGAAACGGUGCAGACGCUCCUGAACCAGACGCAGGUGUCGCUCAUCAAGGGCAACGCCGGCGAGAUUGCCGCGCUCGCCGGCUCGAGCGAAGCGCAGUCGCAGGGCGUCGAUAGUGUAGGCGCCCUCGCGACGCCCGCUCAGCUCGCCGCGCAGCUCGCGAUGCAGGAAGGUGCACUCGUCUUGCUCACCGGCGCAACCGACUACCUGACGAACGGCGAGAUCGUCAUCGAGGCGCGGUGCGGCACGCCCCUCCUGGGCCGUGCGACUGCGACGGGAUGCGCGCUCGGCGUAAUGGUCGCUGCCGGCCUCGCAUCGGCUACACACGCCUACGAUAUCAAGCUGGGGUCCGCCGGCGUGCAGCGCAUGACGCCCCCACGCACGCACCCCAAGCUCCUGGUCGGUGCGCUGAUGGGUGUGCUCGCCUACACGAUCGCCGCCGAGCGCGCCGCCGCGCUGCCGAGCGUGCGUGGCCCCGGCACCUUUCUUCCCGCCCUGCUCGACUCGAUCGCAUCGCUCAAGCCCUCUGUACUGCACGAGUAUGCUGACCGCGUCUCGGUCUAUGCGCUCUGA